GAUAAUAAAUUCUAUAAAUAUAUUUAAUGAAGAUAAAAGUAAUUGAUGUUGCAAAAACUUAUAGAUUGGAAAUUAAUUAGCAGAUUAGCGAUUUAGAGAUGAGAAAUGAAUAAAUUGCGCCGUUUGUUGGUAAAUGGAACGUAAUGACUUAAAAAUUAUAAGAGUAAUGGUAUUAUUCAUAAAUGGAUAUAACUUCAAUACCUAUAAUUAUAUUAGCCUAUAAUUACAUAGCCUGGUCAGUGCAUAAUGUUUCCUUAAUUUUUACGGUAACAAUUUGCCUUGUUAGCGCGCGAACGAUAAAUUAUGAUGGCUGCGAUAUGAUUGGUCGUUGAAUUUUGUGCCGGUAACUACGUGAGUAAAAGAAUAUAGUUAAAAUUUAUUCGUCGCACAGUUGUGAUGUUUGAUAAUAUUAUUUAUAAGGACGAUUAAAUUGAAAGUAAAAAAAAAAGGAAUAAUUAGAUAUUCCAUCAGUACGCGUUAUCCUCUUUUUUUUUCAUUGAUAGAUCGCAACUCGAAAUUCUAGAUUAUUAUUUUCGCUAUCAUUAUUUAUUAUUACUACUCAUCAUUCCUGUAAAAUUACUAUCAUAUUUCACUGUCAUUAAACCGAUACACGAUAUUCACUCGAUUAAAUUUUUUAACGGACUACGUCGAUUUUAACGCUUUAUUAGUGUUAUUAUUGCUCGUUCAUAAGCCAUAGCUCUAUAUUUAAAAUUUGUGCCUAAUAAUUCGACGCGAUUCCGAAAUAUCAUUUGCAAAUAAAUAUUUAUAAAAGAUUGUACGAUUUUAAAUAUUAUAACUUAUUAGUUUAGGUUUAUAAACUAUAUCAUGAAAGUACAUAUUAUAUCGAGAAUUUGUCAUAGUUUAGAUAAACAUGUAGUAUUAGGAAGAAUGAAUUAUUUAUAUUGUCAAGUAACUUCCACACAGGCUAGGUCAAUUUUUUCUUCGUCACAGUCUCAUGAAAAACUGACCUCUUGUCAACAAGGAUAACCAGAAGAUAACAAGAAGUACAUUCGAUCGCAAGUUCUCUCACGUAUACCAAUAACAAUUUAUUAUUAAUAUAGCAGUAAUUUAAAGUUCUGUGAAAAGUGUAAAAUCCAGUGCUGCGAUUUUCCAUCCCGAAGGUGUUAAAAUUAUUUAGUACAUUAUUGAUACACACUGUUAUUGCUUGAUACGAUGGAAGAUGAAAUUAUUACGUUAAUUCUUGAAAAUAAUCGCUUUGAAGUCGAUAAAAAAAGACUUAUUAACAAAAGUCAUUAUUUCCAUUGCCUUUUCUCUCCAAAUUUUUACGACUCGCAAAACAAAGAACAUAUUAUAAAUUAUGAUAUUACUUCAUCUAUGUUACAGAAUUUUAUUGAGUGGAUUCAUGACGAUGAAAGAGUAUUAAUUGAACUUUGUUAUUUCAUUAAAUCUUCAAUGGUGAAGUAUAAAACAGAUAAUUUUAUAGAUCUUUUAAAUUUAUUACAAUUGGCUGUACUUUUCAUGGCUGACGAUUUAAUAAGCGAUAUAACUGAUACUAUCAUAUUAUAUUGGUUGAAUCCGGAAAAGGUAAUUGAUGUCUGGUUAUUGGCACAAGAGUUGGCUAUAAGUUUAUUGACUGAUGUCUGUUUGUCAGUAUGCUUAGAUCGUUUUAUGGAUUUACCCAUUAAUUCUUUGAUCGAGCUACCUAUUAACAAUCUCAAACAGUUAAUUGAAAAUGUUAAUGUUAGGUCAACAACAAAAUAUUCGCAUUAUGUAUUACACGAAUGGAUGGAUCAUAAUACAGCUUCUACAAUUAAUAAUAGUAUAAUAAAUAUACCAUUGACAAAGAAAUCUAAAUUUGUACAAUAUAUAAUUGGAUAUAAAUUAGAAAAUCUUAGUAAUAAGAAAGGAUAUAUUUAUUGUUGGGAUGGUAUUCAGUUAUCUGAGUUAAUAGAACUAAAAUAUCUCAAAUGUUCUGGGAAGGAUCUAAUAGGUUCGCAAGUUACUGGCAGAGGAUUUAAUAUAUAUCUUGUUGGCGGAGAAUAUGGUUUAGGAACUGGUCAAUUUAAUCAAAUAAUUUGGCGAUAUUGCCUUAUAACUAAAAAAUGGUAUUAUUUUGGAAGACUUCCUAGCCCAAGAAGACAUAUGAUUGCUGGAUUUUUAAGUAAUUGUAUGAUUGUGGUGGGUGGUGUAGGACGUCAUCGUUUAAAACUAUCGUCAGUUGAUAUGUUUAAUAUACAUACAGGUAAAUGGGCAAAAACUGCAGAUGUACCUGAAUGUUUUACUGAAGUGCCACAUUAUAGUAUCAUGAAAAAAAAAUUAUUUUUAUUGAGAUCAUCUCUUUAUAUAUUCUAUCCUGAACUUGAAACAUGGAAGACUAUUAUUUUAGAGAAUAUUCCUUUGCCUAUAGCACAUCAUUUUAUGGCAUAUGGACUCGUAAUAUUUAUGAUUAGAGAUAACGAUAUAAUUUUAUCCAGAAUUAGUAAUAUACAAGAAAAAAUAUGUGAUGAUUGCUUAAAAUUGUACAAAGAUCAUGCAAUGAUACAUACUAUGAGUAAUGUGUAUCCUUCAAUAGGUUUAUUCAUUCCUGGCAUAGGUUUUAUAUCGAUAUUAUCUAAAAAAUGUCAAUCAUGUAGUUAUUCAUAUCUAGAAACAGACAAUAGAACAAGAAAUAAUCCACAGGAACUAAUUUUAGAUCCUAGGCUAGGAAGUUUUGAUACAAUUGAUCCAAAAACAUUGUGCGAGGUAUCCAUAUUAGGUAACUUGUAAUAUACUUUUUUAUUAUAAUUAAUACUUCAACACCAAUGUUAAGUUUACCUUCAAUUAAAGUAGAUAAGAUAUGAGAAUUAUUUUGAAUAUAACAUUCAUUAUGAAGGAAUAUAAAAAGAUAGAAAGUUUUCUUAGAAAUAUUUGCAAAUAAAAAUAAAUGUUAAUAGUAUUUUUUAAUCAUAAGUUUUUUAUUUAUCAUAAAUUUUGUAAUGGAAGCAGUCUUCAAACAAGUAUAACACGACAGUGCGUUUAAUUAUAUGGAAUAAAGAAGUGUUUUGGCAAUGCCAUUACAAGUUAACGCAUUCCGAUAAAAUUAUUUCGUUGUUUAGGUGAAUAGAGGAUGCUGGCCAUUUUAUCGGAAUUAAUAACUCUUCCAGGCAUAUUGAUGUCAGACUGCCUCUACGCACCGUUGUGUACUUAAAAGUAUGCUAAAUCGU